AUGGCACCACAUCCCAUGCAGAUCUACGCCAAGGUGAUGCGGGGCAUCGACAAGGCCAGCUUUCCCAUCGCCUGUCAAGGCAGCCCCGAGCGCUUGAUCCGGGCGCUGUCCAGGCCGCUGCCCGCGGAGCGGCUGGCCGUGAAACCAGGCGGCAUCAAGAAUCUGCAGGAGCAUGAGUGGUUCGAGGGCUUCGACUGGAAUGCCUUGCAGGCGGGUGAGAUGCCUCCGCCUUACGUUCCGGAUGUUGCUGACGACGAGGACUUGUCCAACUUCUUUGCCGAUCCGAAGGAUCUCCCCGAGCCGAUGCCUUACCUGGACCCAGAGGACGGCUGGGACGAAGGCUUCGCCACCGUGGAGUGA